GCGCGGCUCGGGCCAUGGGGCGGCUCGGGCUGCUGGGGCUCCUCUGCGCGCUGCUCCUGGGCUGCGGGCAGCCCAGUGAUGCUGUGAAUUGCUCUGACAAGCAGUAUGAGCACAAGGGCAAAUGCUGCAACCGAUGCCAGCCAGGGAAGAAGUUGGCCUCUGAAUGCAACGACACAGAAAGCUCUGUCUGCACACCCUGUGACAACGGUCACUACCAGCAGAGCUGGACUAAAGAGAAGCACUGCAUGCCCCAUGACAUCUGUGAGGAGAAUGCUGGCCUCAUCGUGAAGAGACAUGGAAAUGCAACGCACAACACUGUGUGUCAGUGCCGGGCCGGCAUGCACUGCUCUGAUGCCAGCUGCCAGACCUGCGUGGAGAAUGAGCCCUGCAAGCAGGGCUUUGGCUUUGUGGCAGCCGUGGCUGAAGCCCGGAUGAUCUCACCGUGUGAGCCCUGUGAAGAAGGCACCUUCUCCAAUGUAUCUUCCAAAACCGAGCCGUGCCACUUCUGGACAAGCUGUGAGGAAAAGGGGCUCGUGGUGAAGGUGAAAGGGACGAACACUUCAGAUGUGAUCUGUGAGUCGAGCCGGCGCUCAUCGCUGUCGGUGCUGAUCCCCAUCACAGCUGUGGUUGUCACCUGCCUGGUGGGCAUCUGCAUCUACUGCCUGGUGCACACAGACCUCAGGCGCCGUGGAACGAGGCAGAUUGAGACCGAGGUGCCCAGAGAGCUGGAGACGCAGCAGCCGGAGGAGGUGGACUUCCCGGUGCAGGAGACCCUGCUGGGAGGGCAGCCCGUGGCGCAGGAGGACGGCAAGGAGAGCCGCAUCGCAGAGCAGGAGCAGCUGUGAGAGUGCGGGAGCUGCCCCCGACAGAAGCAGCGGGCAGGGCCAGCACUGACCCCCCUGCAGUC